GCGGCAAUAGUGUAAAGUGUGAGUCGUAGUAACUAGUAAAUAAGUUGCUCUGUUCGUUCAGUCAGCAUUUUUUUCACCUGCAAAUAAAUAUAUUAUCUCUACAAUAAUUAUUUGAUAUUACAUACUACUACUAAAAUAGUUAUGAGUGGAAACUUGGAUUACAAGUCGGCCAAGUCCGUCCAUGAUUUCGAAGCUGAAUCCAUUAAGGGGGAAAAAGUACCUUUGGAAAAGUAUAAAGGCCACGUUCUGUUGAUUGUAAAUGUCGCAUCUAAGUGUGGACUCACUGCUACUAAUUACAAAGAACUGAAUGAGCUUUAUGAUCAAUAUGCAGAGUCUCGUGGUCUUCGUAUUUUGGCAUUCCCAUGCAAUCAAUUUAACGGUCAAGAGCCCGGAGGCAGUGAAGAAAUUUGCAGCUUUGCUAAUCGUCAAAAAAUCAAGUUUGAUUUGUUUGAAAAGAUAGACGUCAAUGGUGAGACAGCUCAUCCACUGUGGAAGUACUUGAAGCAGGAAAAGGGCGGAUUACUGGGAAGCUUUAUCAAGUGGAACUUCACAAAAUUCAUCGUCGACAAAGACGGAAAAGUCGUCGAGCGACACGGACCAAAUGUUGAUCCAAGUAGCUUGGUGAAACAUUUGGAGAAGUACUUUUGAGGCGAGCAAUAUACCUCAAUUUAAUCCCAAAAUACAGUUGUAAUAUAAUUCUGCUGUUUAUCGGAAUAAUCAGCACAUCACAAUUAAACGUAUCAAUGAUAAUAAAGUUAACCGACAUUUAA